AUGAAGUUCACUAACAUGUCUGCAGCUGAUAACUAUGCCUGGUUCUUUACCUAUAGGUGGUUUCAUAGCAAGUGGAGCUGGGACUCUGACGGUAAAUUCCGUAAGAGGGGGUCGUUGGAGGCAGAAGAGGAGGAGAUGGAGCCUAUGAACGACCUUUCCGACGCCGUUGAUGUUGAAGAUAUCCAUGCGGAGGAUGCUAUACUCCCGAUAACCUGCCGUGUGAAAGAUGGAGACUACUUGCACGCACGCUGCGACUAUAUUAACGGUGAAUACAACGAAUUCGUCAAGAAGAUAAAGGAGCCUUUCUGGGCGCGGUAUAGCGACUGCAUGCUAUCGUAA